AUGGGGGGUGAUUCCCGAGGUUGUUUGAAGACAAUUUGAGUAAACACGUACUCGUGCGCGAACUUGUAACAUUGGUUAAAUGUGCCCUGACAAUAAUGUGAUAAUCACUCUCAUGUAAUGAAAAAAUUAUGUGUCGACUGUGUGCGAUGGCAAGCAGAGUAAUGACCGGCCAUCAGCAGCAGUUCGUUGAAGAAAUCGAUUAUAAUGAAAUCGAAACGGAGCAGGUAGUUGGUAAGGGAUCCUUUGGAGUUGUCUGGAAAGGAAAAUGGAGAGGACAGGAUGUCGCUGUGAAACAUAUAAAUUCAGAAGGAGAAAGAAAAGCCUUCACUGUGGAAGUUCGGCAGUUAUCUCGAGUCGCUCAUCCUAAUAUUGUUAAAUUGUAUGGUGCAUGCACCAAGAAUCCAGUAUGUCUAGUGAUGGAAUAUGCAGAAGGUGGAUCAUUGUAUAACGUAUUACAUUGCAAUCCUCAACCACACUAUACUACUGGUCAUGCUAUGAGUUGGACCCUUCAGUGUGCUCAAGGUGUCGCUUAUCUUCACAAUAUGAAACCAAAACCACUGAUACAUAGAGACCUAAAGCCACCUAAUUUAUUAUUAGUUAUGGGUGGACAGAGGCUUAAAAUCUGUGACUUCGGUACAGCCUGUGACUUAAAUACAUAUAUGACUAAUAAUAAAGGCUCGGCCGCGUGGAUGGCACCAGAAGUAUUUGAAGGAUCUAGGUAUACAGAGAAGUGCGAUGUAUUUAGUUGGGGUAUCAUUUUGUGGGAGGUUUUAACACGCAAAAAACCCUUUGAUGACCUUGGUGCUUCAGCCUAUAGGAUAAUGUGGGCUGUUCAUGUAGGACAGAGACCCCCUUUAAUAGAAGGAUGCCCGAGACCAAUCGAAGAUCUUAUGACUAGAUGUUGGCAGAAAGCACCUGAAGAAAGACCUUCUAUGGACGAAGUAGUAAGGAUAAUGACUGAGCUAUCAGAAUUUUUCAGUCCCCAUUUAGAACCUGUUGAAUAUUCCUUAAGUAGUGAAGAUGAUGUAGAUGAUGUAGACGAAAACAAAACAUCGAGGGAGGAUACGCUUGAUAUAGUCAGUACAUUAGAUUUUCGAAUGAACGGCUCCGUGGAAAACGGUACUAUUCGUACAAUUCCAAAGCCUGUAGGAAAAACUAAUGAAUGCUCGAAUGAAGAGAAUUCAUCGCCUUUUGCAUUACGUGCAAAAGUACCUCGUACCGCGCCGAUCAGCGAUGGAUCGACAAAAUUUUCACCGCGGCAAAAUAAUUUAGAAUUUCAACGAAUACCUGAUGAGGUUCCAGUGUUGAAUAACUUUCACGGGAAUGUGGAUAGCAAUUUAGAACACGUUAAAUCAUCACAGAGUGCAACAGCAUCGACGGCACACGAUGACAAACUCACUGCGUUGCAAAGCAAAAACUGCAAUUUCGCUCCAUUGCAUGUGGAGUGUGAUCCGAACGCUUGGGAUUUGCCGAGCUCUUCUGAUACAUCUUGGGAAAUUCCAAAUAACAUGGCUGGAUUAGACAAAGUGGUUCAAAAAACAAAGAAAAAUAAUCAAAGUAGCAGCACUACGACCGAAGACUUUUGUCGCCUACUUGAUGCCGACCUGAGGCCUCUCACGCCCGACGACACGUGCAAACUCUCGCGAGAGAUCUUCGAGGAGCACAAGCAGAUAGCCGAAGAAUACCUCAAAGUCCAAACGGAGAUAGCGUUGUUAAGCCAGCAUAAGAACGAGAUGUUGAAGAAUUUGAGCCUCGAUAGUCUCCGACAGCAGCAGGAGUUACGGAAACUGGAAGAUGAAAAGGAGUCCCUGGUGAAAUUGUGUCGCAACCUGACGCGACAAUUGCAGAUCAUGAAGGAUCAAAGGGGGGCGUUAACGAGUGCCACUGUCGCGCCGACGAUAGGGCCCGCUGUUUCCGGAAACAACGGUUGGGUGGUGGUACCUCACCGUCAAGACCCGUCGAGGCUUUCUUGAGAUGCUGCGACAUGACUAUUCGAAGGUCUCGA